CUGCUCCUCUGAAGCCUUAAACUUCUAUUUUGAAGAAACCAGGGAACAGCAAAAGCACAGAACAGAGACAUGAAAUUCACAGGCUCUCCUGGAAUAGACCUCAAGAUCAAAGACAAGACUCUGUCUCUCCAACAAGACAACAGUUCCUUCCAUGUGGGAACUUCAGUUUGGUCAGGUUCUUUAGUACUCUCCAAAUUUCUCGACCGGUGGACCCCACCAUCCACGAACCCCACCACCACCCCAAACCGUUACUCCACCCUCCUAGACUUCCACAACCGCCGUGCCAUCGAGCUAGGCACCGGCUGUGGCGUCACUGGCAUGGCCCUUUACCUUCUUGGACUCACUGACAUUGUCCUUACUGACAUCCAUGCUGUGAUGCCUGCUUUGAAACACAACUUAAAGCGAAACAAACAAGUUCUUGGCAAGAUGUUGAAGACAGCGAUUCUUUAUUGGAGUAAUGAGGAUCAAAUUAAUGGGGUUAAUCCCCCCUUUGAUUAUGUAAUCGCGGCGGAUGUUGUCUAUAUUGAAGAGAGUGUGGGGGCAUUGGUGAAGGCCAUGGAAAUGUUGGUGAAAGAUGAUGGGGUUGUUUUGUUGGGGUAUCAACUGAGAUCACCGGAGGCGGAUAAGUUGUUUUGGGAGAUUUGUGGAGAGGCUUUUGUGAGUGAGAAAGUUCCGAAGGAGGAUUUGCAUCCUGAGUAUUGUUAUGAGGAGACUGAUGUGUUUAUAUUCAGGAAAAAGAAGAAGAAUUUAUGAGACCUUUCAAAAGAUUAGUUGCUGCAAGUUUAAGGCUUUGCUAUCCGCUCGUUGUUAUCCCUCUUAUUCAUAGUGGAGCUCUUUUCUGAUGUCAAGGGGCAUUUUUGGUCCAUUAUAGGCAUCACAUCUACAGGCUGUUAUUGAUCUCUUCUUCCUUGAUCUCCGAGCCUCCUUACUACCUUCCUCUUGUAACAGAAUGAUAAUAUAGCAUUCAUCCAGGUGAUAUCAACCAGUCUUUUCAAGUUCCCUUGUCGGAAAAUCAGGAUAUGUGCUGUUUUCUGUUCAGGGUUCUUUCCUUUGGGACAACCAGGCAUCAUGGGUACCACCAGCUGGCCAAGUUUUUCAAAUUUCAAGAACUAGAAAUGGGUCAUCAGAGUGUGAAGUGCAUGCAUAUACCCAAAUUUUAUCAUGAAGGAAACUAGCCCCACAAUUGAUAAUGACAGAAGCAGGUAUAUUUUUACAAUUAGCCGAAGAGAGCAGGUAUUUCUACUUGAACUUUCAUUUAAGCUUGAAGAUUUCGUCUUGAGUUGUAAUCUGUGAUGUGUUGUGAAAUCUUAAGCUUGCAUUCUUAAUUUUGUAAAAUUAAAAUAUUUCUACUUGCUCUCAUCUGAACAGCCAGGUUAUCUCUGCACAAGUCUCAGCUCUGUUUGCUCUCUGGCUAGGAAAUGGAGCAAAAAGUGCAUGGUUGGAGUUGAACUGUAACUGCUAGUGGAACAAUAUGAAAUUUUAUAUUUUCUUACUGAUAUUCUACUUGCUUGAAGAUUGAACAUUGAAUAAAAUUUCUUGACUUCACCAUAAAAUACAAACAACCUAAUGUUUUUGGAA